ACUAGUUCUAACGCGGCCAUAUUUCAUUGGGUCACAGGUUUGGAAGAUUCUGUUAUUGUGGGAAACAAAAAGAACCAUUUGACCUCAUUAGGCAACUGGCUAGCACCUGUGGCUAAAGGCAUAAAUUCUCUCUGGAAGCGCUGUUGGCGUGCAUCUGUGGACGGUUGGGCUGCAAGUACAUUUCACUCACGAUGUGAUGGCAAGGGACCGACUGUAACAAUAAUAAGGGUUGGGAAAUAUAUUUUUGGCGGAUAUACCAGUAGGUCAUGGGGUGAGUAAGCAUUGUAAACAGAGAUAAUUUUAGCUCCGGUUUCUAGCUUUGUUUUAAAGCAUAAAUUAAACAAAGUUAUUCAGUGAGCAUCUGUUCAUCAAAAUGAUCCAGCAUUUGGAAGCACAGAUUCAAAGGGCGUUUUUCACUUUUCUUGGAUCUUGUUCUAGCAUCAUUCUACCCUUUAUCCUCCCGCAUCACCACCAUUUUCUGAAUAAGGACGAUUCUUAUCAUUAGUUGGCUUUGUUUGAAACUAAUUAAAAAGUACUUAUCCGGCCAUAUCAUGAUCUGCUCUAGGCCCUAAACUGAAAAUGAUAAAUAAUUAAAAUCAGUACAGCAUGUUAAAUCAGACCAAUUGUGCUGAGCUGUUAAUUAAGGCUUUCAGAAAGUAUUUAUGCAUUCAAUUUCUGUACCAAUAGGUUUUACUUUUAAGGUGAUGAAGUCUGUUAAAUCAACUACAUGUACUUUGAUAAGAAAAACUGUGUUAGAAAGUUCAGGAGUCAGUUGAAACGAAAACGUCAAACUUCGUGGCAAAACUGUGUGUAGUCCAUCCGUUAAUUUGCUCGGUUAAAAUAUAAUGAAUUCAAAUAUUUUCUGGAAUGAAUAGCUUUUUGUAGGUCAAUUAAUUGAAACUCUUUCCUUUAAAAUACUCGACAGAUUUCCUCUAAAGGUUAUUUGACUCUCGUUUUGUUUGUUUGUUGGUUGGUUGGUUUGUUUGUUUGUUUUUUUUGGCAUUUUUAUUGUUGUUUAAUUUUUUUAUUUUUUUGGUUUUAAAAUAUUUGUAAUUGUCCUACAACUACAAAGUAAAAUAAAUAAAACAUAUCAGACUCACAUUCGUUUCAAAUGAGAAAACUUGUUUCCAGGUUUGUCUUCAGUGUCAAUGCACUUGACGGGUGAUUUUAAUUUCUAAAGUGAGUAUCAGAACAAACGGCGCUAAUUACAUUUGGUUCCAUCUUUAAUUUCUCUCUGAUAGAUUCCAGCGGUAGGUGGCUGUACGAUUCCAAAGCAUUUUUGUUUUCACUGGUGAACAAACCAGGAUGGGCACCUGUUAAACUGCCUCAGUCAGGGAAAUAUAGUUAUUACAGAGCAUAUUCAAAAUACUGUGGCUCAACUUGUGGGCCUACAUUUGGAAAUGGAUUUGACAUUUACAUUGACAACUACGCGUCAUCCUAUAGCAAUUCUGAGGGCAACCUUGGCAAUACUUACAGCCCACCGAGCGGGUACAGCUACGGCAGCACCUUCGCCAAAACAUUCCUGGCAGGAUCGUACAAGUUCACACCAGACGAAGUAGAAACUUUUUACGAAACAAACUAG